GUAUGCAUGCCGACGCCAUGGAAGUCGCCGGCGGCAAACGAAAGCGCGCGGCCUCCUCCGAUGCAGGCGCAGGUGACGGCACGGACUGCCUGAGCAACCUUCCGGACUGCCUCCUCCACGGCAUCCUCUCGCAGCUCCGGUCCCGGCAGGCCGUGCAGACGUGCGCCCUGUCGCGGCGGUGGCGCCAGCUCUGGCGCGCCGUCCCCUGCGUCGACAUCGACGCCGCGGACUUCCUGGUCCAAGUCGAUGGGAAUCCCACGAUUGUUGUCUCCGAUCCAUCGGAUCACGAGACUGAGGCGGCGCUGGCCAGGCUGGAGGAUUUCGCCGACAGUCUGCUGUCCCGCCGCAGCCUCUCCGCCGCCUUGAUGACGGGGUCGGCGUUGGACACCCUGCGCCUGCGCAUCCAUCGCCAGGAUACAGGAGGCCCACGCAGCAGCACCGGCACGGCGAUGCUCAGCAGGUGGAUUCGCCGCGGCCUGAGGCUGUCGCCGGCGGAGCUCGACGUGACCGGCGACGGCGGCCCGAUCAAGCUACCCUCCCUCUUCUCCUCUGCUGGCGGCCGCCGCAUCACCAAGCUCCGCCUUGACAACGUGCUCCUCCACAGGGACGCCGAGGGCCUCCUCGGCUCUGGCGGGCUCCCCGCCCUUGAAGACCUGGAGCUCAGUAACGUCCUCCUCCUGCCCGGGGUGUCGGUGAUCGCGUCGGACACGCUAAGGACCCUCACCGUCGUCGACGCGUCCCGGCAAAGUGGACUAAGACGCAGGAGCAUCAUCGGCAUCGUCGCACCUCGCCUGGCAUCGCUGAGGCUCGAGUUCCGGCUCGCCCGCCUCACCACGGUUAGUUUCACCGUAGACGAGGCAUCAUCCUCCUGUCUCGCCCACGCAUCCCUCCGCGUACUGGACAUCGGCGAGCCUCGGCAAGACGACGACGACCACGACGACGACAGCGACGGCGACGAUUCUGACGGCGACGAACUAGACCAACAGGACACGAGGUCGCUGGUAAGCGAUCUCAGCCGUAUCCUCGGCUCCCUAUGCAAUGUCACCAGCUUGCACCUGUCGGGCUUCGAUGACAUGUAUGAGUACGAGAAGAUGAACAUGCCGUCUAUCUAUCGACACUACAACGUCGCCGCCACCGAGCUUCUGCAGGCGGUGCUGUAUGAGUCCUGCUACAUCUUCCCCAACCUCACGAGCUUGGUCCUCCACGACUGCGACCUCGGAAACAGACUGCAAAGUCUCUGGCAUUUUCUGCACAACACUCCUGCCCUCCAGUGCCUUGCUCUCAAAAGUUGUGAGUGGAUAGACUAUCCAUAUGGUUAUUCGAAGAGGGGGCAAAAACAAGAUUUGCAGACUGCGGCAAUGCCCCCCAACCUCAAGUCGGUGCGAAUCAUUGACGGGGAUGACAAGAUGAUGUCCACGGUGAAAAGGAAGCUAUCCACGGCUACCGUCACCGAAUGAAAAUUUUAAAAAGAAAAGAUUUAAUUAGCGUUUCUUUGUUGAGGGAAUACGGCGUAGUAAACCGAAUCACCUUCUUUCAUAGUAUGUCCAUCCAUGAGGAAAUACAUUGUGUGUUUGACUUCUUUACAAUAUUUACUACUCCCUCUGGUUUUUACACUAGUGUAGUGUCAAAAACGCUCUUAUAUUAUGGGACGAAGAGAGUAAUAUUUUAUAUCGUCAUUGUGAGAGUUCAUACAUCAGCAUUUUUUUAGACGAUCAUACAUCCGCAAUGAAUGUUUUGAUCCAAUGUCAUAAAGCCUAGAAAGCA